UUUCAUACUGACAGCUAGAUUUGUUUUGCUCACUCGUCAGUACUUACUUUUGUUAAAUGUUAAUUAUUUAAAUAAAUUCAACUAAACAUUAAUGUAAAUAUUCAAAUUAUUACACUACAUUGCAGUUCUAAUAUAUUCCAGUGCGAUAUACUAUUGAAAAACAGUUGUAGAAGCGGAUAUCGUGUUUACAUUUUGAUUAGUAAAAAGUUUAUUUAAAAUAUGGAUUUAUUGGAAAAUGAAUGGUAUAUUCAAGCUCCGUGGGGUAGAAUAGCGAUCAUAGCAUGGGGUAACUGCUACGACCCCCCAGUGCUGCUAUGCCACGGCAGUAUAGACUCAGCCAUCAGCUUCCGAGGACUUGUCAGCAAAUUGCCGAAAAACUUCUAUUAUAUUGGUGUGGACCUACCAGGCCAUGGUAAGUCGGACAGGUUCCCGCCGGGUCUGAUGAUCAGCGUGUCUGACAUGGCAUACUCCAUCAACGCGGUGGCUAGACAUUUCAGGUGGAAGAAGUUCACGUUCAUUGGACAUUCUUUUGGAGCUUUCCUAGGUCAAAACUUCAACCUGCUGUACCCGGGGAAGUUGAAUAAGUUGAUCAAUUUGGAUCCAAUCAAUUUCUUCGCGAUACCACCUCAACAUUUCGCUAAAUGGUACCAUUCGCGUUUCACAGAGUUCUACAAAAACUACGACAAGUAUAAUACUUCCAUCAAAGACGGGCCGAAGGUUAAAUGGACUGAGGCGUUACAGACCUUGAGAAGUAACCGUCCAGGCUUGAGUGAGCAGCAGGCGGCCGAAGUGCUGGCGAGACUGUCCGAGCCCGCGGGAGAAGGAUAUAUCAGAUACACCUACGAUUUGCGCAUCAAAUGUAUUAAUGGACCAGUAUUUUCACCGGAACAUGUCAAGAAACUAUACACCAACCAUGACACACCAAUUUUAACAGUGGCAUGUCAAAAUUCUCUAGACAAUGAAUUGUUUAGAAACACUGCCUUCUUGCUAGACGAGGCUGAAUAUCCGUCGAAGAAUAUGCGCUUUAGGUCUGUGGUCGGCGGCCACGAUGUUCAUAUUUCGAACCCCGAUAGAGUUGCUGUCUAUGCCAGCCAGUUUCUUCUCUAUGGUUUAGAGGGCAUGGACAAUAAGGCUAAGUUAUGAUUUGUGGAUUUUUGUCUGUAUGAUAAGUGUCUAUGGCAGCGGUCGAUUUGAGCAGCAGUAAUAGAUAGAAAAUUAAUAUUGCUCCACCCCCCAUAAUUUUAAGGGGGGAAAUCAUUCAAUGACUUCUAUCGCCUUGGUCGAGGCGAGAGUGAGUAGCAGACUCUUGUCAGGCUCCGGCUCGAAAAGCAGGAAUAGGACCAGGGUAGUUUUUAGUCAGUAAGAGUCUGACACUCCCUCUUACCUCGCCUAAGGCCGGAGAAGAAACUGGAUGAUUUUCCAUCUUAAAAUUAAAAAAAAACAAACAGUCAAUUAUAUUCGGGCUAACUCGAAUACUUUCGAGGUAACCCGUACAGGUUCAAGCUUGACCAGAGUCAUCAUAGUUGAUUAAGACAGUAUUUUUACAAGAACAUUUUCGAGUAUUUAAUUUUUGUAUUUAAAAUGUCAAUUAUAGUAACUUAGUGCAAUUUAAAAAUCAAUUAUUAAGAUAAAAAUAUACAUAUUUUUAUUAGUACAUAGAAGGAAUUGCUUAAUUAUAUUAAUGUAUUUAAAUAAUAUGUAUUUCCUGAUGGGUAUAACCUGGGUGUCUUCAAAGCCCGAGUGAAUAGGUUGCUUAUGGGCAGACGUGCUCCAUCGUAGGCCGCAUCAUCACUUACCAUCAGGCGAGAUAGCGGCCAAACGACGACCUAUUAAAUGUAAAAAAAUAAAUAACGGUAAAGGAAAACAUCGUUUGAAAAUCUGGGGGCCUACUCUAAUUCAACGAACGAACGAAAAAACUUCGCAGAUUGCAUACUACAAUUCUAUUUAUUGCGAACUUUCGUGAACAAAAAUGAACGAAUGAAAUGAAGAUAAAUAAAUAGAUUUUGAUAUGAAAUUAAAAAUAAAACGUUAUUUCAAGUAAUUCUAUUAGUAAAUCAAUAAAACCUACGGCCGAAGAUUAAACGAAACUUCGCAUUCGAGAACCGGAGUAGGCCCCUGGGCUAAUAAUAUAAUAGGGAUGAUGACGGGGUAUGAAAAUUAAAAAUCUAUUUAGUCCGUCAGUUAGGUAAUGAAAAAAUGUUAGACACGUAUUUUUUUAUUUUGUCAUAAUAUAAGAUAACAAUACUUAGAUAAAACGAAUCAAAGUUUAUGAAUGGCAGCAAAUACGUCAUUUCUACGCAUCUAGAAGUGACGUCUCGCGAUAUUUCAAAUCGAUAUAUCUUCGAAAGUAUUUGUUUCCGUGAGAAAAUAAAAAAUACGUGUCUAAUGUUUUAAAAUAAUCUACAAGACGGACAUUUAAAUAAAAAUUAGUCAUCUCCCCUCUAUUUCUGAAUAUAAGUUUGAAAUCGCCAACCCGCAUUGAGCAAGCGUGGUGAUUAAUGCUCAAACCUUCUCCGUGUAAGAAGAGGCCUUUGGUCAGCAGUGGCCACUUAUAGGCUGUUGAUGUGAUGAUUUAUAUAUAUUAAAGAUAAGUUUGUCUGUAUUUACGUCAUAUAUUUUAUUGGGUUAUGGAGUUUUACCUAUUAAUAAGAUAUUUUGUAAAAUAA